ACAAUGCAACUACUCCUGCCUUUUGCUUCUUCUUCAUUUUCUUCUCUCAAUGACUAAAACUCAACCACAACUUAUCGAACGUCGACUUGGAUCUAACGUUUCGGUUUCGAGUCCCUUUCGAGGGGUUCGAAAGCGGAGUUGGGGUCGCUAUGUAUCUGAGAUACGGUUACCAGGGAAGAAGACACGAGUGUGGCUUGGCUCAUUCGCCUCCCCAGAGAUGGCCGCACGAGCCUACGACUCGGCAGCUGUAUUUUUGAGAGGCACCUCUGCCUUGCUCAACUUCCCUGACUCUGUUGGCUCGCUCCCGCAACCGGAGUCAUGCUCGAGGGAACAUAUUCAAUCGGCAGCGGCAAAGGCAGCAGCACAAAUGAGAGAGAUGGAGGUUGGAGAGCGAAGGGUGAGCAACGGAUUGAGUCGGACCAUGUUUGAGGAGAUGAAGGAAGCGCCAUUGUUGAGUCCAUUGAGGUUGGCUUGGCUUGGGUUUGGACCAGCCUCAGACGAAGAAGACAAUUUGUUAUUACCAGGCUAUUUCUAAAUUUCUAACGACAAAUUCCGUGGGUUAAGUUAGCCAUGUAAUUUGAGUCAUUUGAUAAUGCUAUAUCAAUUGUAUUCGUUUUGGGAUGAAUGUGGUCAUUCAUAGAAAGGGAAUAAAUGGUUAGCCCUUAUUGUACCGAAACGAAUUACCAAUAGAAAGAAACAGAAUGAAUAACAUAAUA